AUGUUUCAGGAGAGGGAACUAUUGGUUAUGCAGUAUUCUGUGGAUGAGGAGAUAACGAAGACAACGUAUCAUUCCAUGCUGAAGGAUGACAUUCUGGAGUUUGUGAGCUUUUCGGGGUGCAAGACCCAGAAUGACAUGGUAGAGAAGGCCCGAGAGCGGGAAAUUGAGUUGGAUCUCAAGACCAAGUGGAAGCUGGAGCAGGUUCAGGCAGCAAUAGGUCAGGCCAAGAAGCCUAAGACCUCCGAUCCUUCCAGCAGGGGCCAGCAGGAUCAUGGCCUGUGUUCCAAGUGUGGUAAUCCAUAUAGUGGAUCCUGUCUAGUAGCCGGCUCGGCCGAUUGUCCGAGGUUGGAUAGAGGAGGAGGAGCGGUGGAAGCGCAUGCACCCGCCACGUUGAGGAUUGUUGAUGGUCACCUGAUCAAGGCGGAUGCUGCUAUGGUGAAGAGUUGCACGUUUCAGCUGACUACCGAGGAGGCCCGAGCAGUGCCUGACGGCAUGACUGCAACCUUUGUGGUCAAUGGGUUGUCGGCUCAGAUUCUUUUUGAUUCGGAGGCUAACCGAUCGUUUGUGUCUUUUGCAUUCAACAAGAAGUUUGAUGAUGUUCCGGGGACUUUGGAUUCCCCACUCGAGGUGGAGAUUGUGGAUAACCUCAGCGUGAGUGCUACGAGAGUAUUUCAGAGUAGUGUUCUGAAUAUGUUUGGGGAGAGGUUUCCUAUCGAUUUGGUUCAGAUUCCUUUGCGAGGAUUGAAGGUAAUAGUCAGGAUGAAUUGGUUAUUAGAUUAG